UUCCAAGUCGCUGUGCUGGUUACAAGCCACACCAGAACCAAGUCAAGUUCAGUCAAAUUCCAAAAGUCAGUUCACUAGCCGGCCGUAGCCAACUGGCUUCGUCUACCGGUCCAGUCCAUAUGUGCUGGGAUGUGUGCGGUGAAGUUGUUGACAACGGCACGAAAUAGCGAGAUUCCGUAAAAACAUUCGCACUAAGAUUAUAGUCUGCAUCACCCACGUUGAUCCUCUUAAAGAGCAGCCACCAAAGGCACUUCUGAUUUCCAGGUGCUGCGCAAGCGCAAGUUAGUACGUUGGUUUAUGACCGGCACUUGGCUUACUUGAAAUUGAUCUCGCGAAUAUUUUUCUUCAACGACAACCCGGAAAUGUUCAUAAAACCGUUCAAAAUCAAGUCGAACGUCCGGCUCAGGAACACUGAUCGCAAGCGCCUUCGUUCUCAGCUGGAGUCCCAGUACCCCCACCUGAGUGCUAGUCAGCUGGACGAGCUCUGCCCUGUCGGGCGAGGUGGCGAACUCUUCCAGCUGCGUCUGCUGUGCCACGGAGGCGAAUCUGUGGUGGCCUACAGCCUGGACUCGGAGCCCCUGUUCUUCGAGCACGACGGGGGCCGCCUGGUGCCCAGCCUGUACACUCUGUGGCGCCUGCCCUCCAUGCUGCCUUAUGUCUGCACCUGGAAGCCAGUCGUGGAGCGGCUAGCAGGUGGUGCAGACUUCAUGGCACCAGGGCUGGCUGGCUACAGCGAGAACCUUUCCGAGGCUCGUCUGGGUGACUCAGUGGCGGUUCGAGUGGCCGGAGAAGGCAGGGCCGCCGUGGCUGUCGGGUGCCUUCUGCAGAGCCCCAAGGCAUUAGUGGCUGAGCAGCGAUCUGGUAAGGCCGUUGCCAUCGCGCACGUUUUGGGUGACCAACUGUGGGCACACGGUGGCAAGCGGCCGCUGCCCCAGAUCGACGGCGACAGUUGUGGCGAAGAAGAGGACGAGGAAAAUCAACAGCCAGAGUCCCCAGAAACGGACAAACCGGCAGCACUACUUGAAGAAAACUCUUUAGCAGUCGACGAAGAGCAAUGCACACCUCCUGAGAAGCCAGCAAUGGCGGAAGUGCAGCCGGAGCCAUCAGAGGAUGCCAAGGAAGAGCAGCGGGUUGAAGAAACGACGGACACCAUGGAUGCCCUGCUGGAGAGCUGCGUGCUGUCGGCACUGCGAUCUAAGCUUCCCUUGCCGUUGCUUGCAAGCAGCCUGUACAGCGGUCACGUCCUUCCACGCUGUCCUCCGGGUCGGCAGAUCGACAUCCGGCGUACUUCGUACAAGAAGCUGUCCACCUACCUGGCACAUUUGCAGUCGGAAGGUCUACUGGCACUGAAGGAGACCAGUCCGGGCGUCCAGAGCAUUGUGUCGGUUCGCAGGGAACACCCUCGCCUGCGCGGCUUUGCUCAGAUGGAACUGCCACCGGCCGAGCCACCCAAGAGGGACGGCUACCGCUUCCCCACCAUCCGGGAGCUGCGCUCCAUCACGGCCGCCGUGCUGCCCCUCUUCCCUGGUCGCAGCAAAGGACACGCACUGGGACUCGAUGAAGUGAGGGCCGUCAUCAGGAGCUACGUGAAGGAAAAUGAACUUCAAGAUCCAGAUGACAGAAGCUUGGUGAAAAUGGACCCACGCCUGAGUGACGCGGCAGCGUGCUCGUCGGAGAAGCUCAGCUGGGAGGAACUCUUUAACCGGGUGCUGUCGCGGAUGCAGCCCGCGCACGAAGUGACGCCCGCAGACGGCGGGCGAUCCACCAUCCACCGCGGUGCCCUGCCCCCGAUUUCGUUCACGGUGGCUCAAAGAACGGGCAACAAGAAGGUGACCCUCGUCGAGGGUCUCGAGUCGUACGGCAUCGACAUUGCACACCUGGCACAUGAGGUUCAAGUGGGCGUGGCGGCCAGCGUGUCCGUUACCCCUCUGGCCAAUGGCAAGCAGCAGGUUCUCGUCCAGGGCAAUCAGGUCGCUUUCAUGGAGAGACUGCUGACCGGCUCAUCGUAUGGUGUGCCCCGCAAGUACCUCAAAGGCCUGGAACAUGCGGCGGGAAAGAAGAAAGGAGGCACGCGAAAAUGAACUUGACUGCCAACUUCACUUGUCAACAGACAUUGGGGCAGCCCGACCAAUCAGUCUGGAAUUGGCCGCCUCCCGACCAAUUGUGGGUCUGCGUUCUCUGGUCAGGAAUACACAUUCAAUGCACACGGGUUGUGCGUGCGCAGCCGGACUAUGGAGAAAAGGGAGCAGGUGUUCAACUGUGCCUGAACAUGAACUGAACCUGGGUCACUUGUUCCGUGAGUGUCUAGAGUGGUAGAUGCAGCUGGUGUCUCCCGGAACGCCGCCCACCUGACAAGAAUAGCGGCAAUGGUCUGUCCUUUCCUGAAGCUUUGGAUGCAGGAGCCUUGCUCUUAUUUGAUGAAUGAAAUUUCAUUUUCAUUGUGUGCUAAUUGACGGAGCCAAUGAAUGUUGAUGUACAGGGAGGAAUGGAAUGCCUUCCCUUAAUGCUUACCGCUCCACCGCAAUAUUGUAAAAUCCAUAAGUGUGAUUGAU